AUCCAAAUUACUCGCUACUAUGCCUGUUUCAUCGUUUUAAUUUAUUAGAUAAUAUGUGGACUCAGUCGUAACAAUAGUGGUAUGGUGCGAUACGUACUGGUAAAGUGAGAAAUGGCGUACUGUGUUGGAUCGAGUAUCACGUCAAAUUCGCGAUUUGGUCAAAUGAUUGUUAGCAGUCGAGCCGUGGGGUGGUCUUUACGCUGCGUAGAUUAGAGCCACUACAUUCGCGAACUAUCGAGUCAAAUAGACUGUUGGACAAUUAUUGUGAAAUGUUUCAUUGAAGGACAGUGGCAAUAAUUUCUAGUCUAAUUCUUAUAUUACCCUCUAGUUGAUUUUUUUGUCGAACUGAAGAUGUUCAGUGAUUCGUACGAGCGGCGGCUGCUGCAGCAGUGCAGCCCGGUAAGCCGGAAGCAGUCUGUGCUGGUCCGGCCUGAGCCCAUGGACAGAUUUGUACCCUGCCGGAUAGAACAAAAUUGGCAGACUAACUUUCAAGCGAUACGUCGCGGAUCAGAAAACCAGCCUGCAAAGAAAGCAAGAGGCGACGGAGGGGGAAACGAGACAGGGGGGAGUAGAGACCAUUUGGCAUAUGGAUGUCUACUGAGAAACGAGCUUCUUGGAGCUCAGAUUGAAGAACUUAGAGGGCCACCAGCAAAUUGUGCCGAUGGAAACAGAGCAGCUUUGGGUGCUGUUCAAUUAGCAUCAGCUGCUAAGGCUGCGGUGGCGUAUUCCCCGCCGGUCUUCAGAUUUAGAGCUCCAGCUCAUAGUGCUGAGGAAAAUAUUGACCCAUCUCCCUACAGUCUUUCUCCAGUCUCAGCAAAAUCUCAGAAGCUCCUUCGCUCGCCUCGCAAAGCGACCCGCAAGAUCUCGCGGAUCCCAUUCAAGGUUCUGGACGCCCCGGAGUUGCAGGACGACUUCUACCUGAACCUUGUUGACUGGUCUGCACAGAACGUCCUCAGUGUCGGUUUGGGAAGCUGCGUUUACCUCUGGAGUGCUUGCACUAGUCAGGUGACCCGUCUCUGCGACCUAUCAUCAGAAGGCAACGCAGUGACAUCCGUCGCGUGGAGCGAACGCGGCCACCUCGUGGCUGUCGGCACGCAGAAAGGACACAUUAGCGUUUGGGACGUUGCUGUUAACAAAGAGGUAACCAAACUACAAGGGCAUAUUGCGCGUGUGGGCGCUCUGGCGUGGAACGGCGACAUACUUAGCUCCGGCUCACGGGAUAGGCAUAUUCGACAAAGAGAUACUAGAACACCACCGGUCCAAUCAUCGCGAAUCCUGCAAGGCCAUAGACAAGAAGUGUGCGGCCUGAAAUGGUCCCCGGACGGUCAGUCUUUGGCGUCGGGCGGCAACGAUAAUAAACUCUUUGUUUGGUCUAUGCACUCAACAUCACCAGUGCAGACGUACUCCUCGCAUGUGGCAGCCGUAAAGGCCAUCGCGUGGUCUCCUCACCAGCAUGGUCUCCUGGCAUCUGGCGGCGGAACAGCCGAUCGCUGUAUCCGCUUCUGGAACACACUCACCAGCCAACCAAUGCAGUGCGUCGACACCGGAUCCCAAGUGUGCAACCUGGCGUGGUCAAAGCAUUCCAGCGAAUUAGUGUCCACACACGGGUACUCUCAGAAUCAGAUAUUAGUGUGGAAGUAUCCUUCUUUGACACAGGUAAGGACUUUUUGUACCUUUAUAUACCAGUUUCUAAUAACAAAGAAUAAAGAACCGUUUCAAUCUCCUAGCUCCCAAACUGGUGGACUAAUCUCAAAGUGA